AUGUCAACAGAAGCAGAAACAAAAUCAGUAACCAAGAAGAAACCCGCUACAAGACGUCCUCCAACUCAAGUUCUACCUCCAACUUCUACUUCUACGAGAAAAAUUACUCCACCCAAACGUUUCUCUCAAACUGAACAACUUUCCACCAUUAAAAAGAAAGCUACAAAGGCAAAGAAAGAAACCACUGUAAAGAAGACUCCCAAAGCUGCUGCCAAGAAAAAGUCAACUACAAAGUCUGCCACCAAAAAGACAUCUGCUCCCAAGAAGAAAUCAAAGUAA